GCACUCUUUUAGCAACGCACUCGCAAUACAAGACCAGUUCCACAAGAAUUAUAUAAAAUAAAAACUCGUAACUAUUCAAAAUCAUCAAACUUUCAACUUCAUCUACACCCGUCUUCUACUAUCUACCAUCCGGUGCCUAUAACCUGAUCGAUAUCAUGGCGUUGGACGAACAUAAGGUCGCGGAAGGCCUGAAAGACCUUCGAACCAUUUACCCCACGGACGAAUUCUCACAGGACUACAUGCUAAGAGUCCAAGUCCCUACGCUGUACAAUCCAAAGAACGUCGCCGGUAUCCCCGAGGGAGACCAAGUCGACUCGACGGGUUUGGACGCGCUUCUAAUGGUGAUUCGUCGCAUCAUCAGUCAGUUGCCCAUGGAAUAUCGCGAUACGAAGGACGAGGCCAUGGGAUGGCGGGAGCAGGCCAACCCGCUGCGCCGCCUCGCGAUGGCCGACCUCGUUUCGACCGACAAAGAUAUCCUUCAAGCUGCUAAGUACCAUGCUCUGAAAGCCUUCUAUCCAGGAGGCUCGCUGGAAGGCAAGGACUUGUCUUUCCAGGCGCUCGCGGAGCAUAAACUCAUGCAGGAAACCUUUUGGCAGCUGGAUCCUUUCCUCCUAUUCAACCCGUACACCACUUUCAAGUUGAACGGGGUGUGGGAAGUCGGGACGUUAAAGAUUAAUGACAGCCUAUCCGAAGACAGUCUUAUAACGUUUAAGACUGGUAGCCUCGGCGAACAGAUCGCAAAGAAGUUCGGGACUUUCAUGACCGACGACGGCAUAGUGUUCACUAAGCAGGCCAACCUACCAACGAUCCUGCGAGUCCAAUACGACGUCAGCGCGGCCGACCCUAAGAAAUUCCAGGACCUUCGCAAGAUCGUCGUGGAUAUGCGACGCCUCGAGAGGAGACCUGACGGUAUAUGGAAAUUUACAGAGCCCGGCGCAGCCUUGAAGACGUACCGUCUGAUAGCCGAGGUCUGCCUGUCCAGCUCUGCCGAUGCCUCGGACACGAUCAGGAUGUAUGAUGCGGAAGGAGAGGUGAUUCCUAUUCCCACCACUUUCCCGAAUCAUCAGAGAGAGCCGCUGGGCAAAGAGAACGCUCGCUAUAUGCUUUACUACUGCUAUGGCUUGAAGGAUAUUCCCGGCGAGGAGUCCUACUCGGAGAUACUGCCUCCCUUCGAUGAAGAGAAAGCAGAUCUACUGCAAAACAUCCUCGACCGCACUACGACCAAGUCUCAUUAGUCGACGCAGGCUUCUAACC